AUGCUCACUGUCAGCGUUUUCGUCCCUCGUCUGCCUAAUUUCAUCCCUAACACUAUCGUUGAAGCUUGGGAUUCCAGUCGUCGUUGUGUCAGGGAUGAGUCGCAACUUAUACAGCACCUGCUUGCCUCCAUCCUCUCAGUCUCGAAAACCUGCAAAUCCGCAGGCAAACCUUCAAGUCUGUGUGGGAAAAUGCUAGAAUCAGGCCCAAAUAACGAAGAAAUCUCAAGCCAUUCAUCAUGGACUUGA